AUGCUUCUGAUCCAAAAUACUUACACCAGGUCCUUCAACAGCCUUACGGUGCCUCCAUUCCUUCGCCCGUCCCUCUCUCUGCAGGCCCACCACCCCAUCGACCUGGUAUACAAUGAGCUGCACCCACAAUAUAACAAGAGCAUCACUUACUUCCUACGCUGCCACCCCCGCCUCAAGUCCCUCGCGCUCACCUUCACGCACGUCAAACAGAUCGACAACCUCUGCUCGCCGCGUACCAAGUCAUUCCCUGCCCUCACCUCCCUCAGUCUCAAGCUGCGCGGCUGUGCCGACAAAGCCUACCUGUUUGACGAAGUCGAGAAGGAUGAUGAAGAGGACGAAGCGGAGGAGAAUUUCUGGAGUUGGUCCUUAAAGUGCCCGAAUCUGCGGCGGCUGAAGCUGGGUCGGGGCAAGUGGGACCUCCGAACUGUGGGGUUCAAGUCGCUGAGCAGCUUGACUCUCAAGCACAUGGAUUGGAGCUACGUUGAUCUCAAGAAUCUUGGCACGGUCACACCACGGCUCACAGAGUUCGUUCUCUAUCAUAGCUGGGAUUUGGACCGCCCGUCAUCAGGCCCUGGUGGCGGCGGCACAUUCACUUUCGACUUAUCGAACGCCCAAACCGCAGUGGUGUGGAAGAACAACUGCACGGGACUGCCGGAUGCGGUGGCUGCAGGGAAGAAGGCAUACGUGAUUGCGAUCAAGAGGCGGAUCACGCCUGAGAAGCUCGCGAAUUUCCCUGAUGCUGGUGAGUGUGACGUGCUGGUGCUGGUGGCAUGUGCGGAGGGGGUAAUCCUGGAUGACAUGGGGCAGGGCAGCAGCGGGAGUGGCGGUGGUAGCAGUGGCAGCAGCGGUGGCGGGAGCAGGGCGUUUUAUGCACCGGUGGUGACGCCGUUUGAGGCGCUGAUGGCGCUGGAAGAGGGGUGGGAGUGGACGGGGGAGUAUCGGAUGCUGCUAGAUGGUGCUGGGGUGGUAGCAGGAGGAAGUGGAGUAGGGGUGAGGAAGGGAGAGGGAGGUUCAGGGGAUGAGAAUGGGGAAGGAGAUGGGGAAGCAGCACCAGCAGCAGCAGCAGCAGAGGCGGCAGCAGCAGCGUCGGAUCAAUAUUUGGCUGUCCGGCGGGACAUGGCUCUUUCUACAUUGCCCGUUUUGACUGACUCCUUGGCCCUGGCUCGGGCGUCCGGCCAAUCGGGGUACGCCACGUCAGCGGCGGUGGAGGCGCGGUCCGGGUCGGAUUUUUUGGCGCUGCGGCGUGACUGUAAGGGGCUGGAGGUUGUUUGGUUAAUGGCGCCGCCUGGUGGGACACCGAGGGCGACACCUUGGGAAGGGGGAGGGGAUGCAAGAGGGAGAGGGCAUGAGAGUAAGGAAAGGGAUGAGGGUGGAAGGGAGGAUGGGGGAGUGGUGUGUGCUUUCAUGCCGAGAGUGGGUCCGUCGAUUGAUGAGCAGUGA